AUGGAUCUCUCACGCAUCAUUGCCGCUGAUAUCGACGGCCGUGCUCACAACACGCGAUACCGUCAAGCUCAGUUCCAUCGCUUGCAAAAUGUGCUGGUCGAGCAUAUUGCAGAAAUUCAAGAUGCGAUCCGCGCUGACUCGGGACACUCGGCGCAAGAAGUUCGUGCCGAGGUCAUUCUAGCUUUGCAGGAGCUGAGAACACAUUAUGAGUCACUGAGUCUGGAGAAAGAUUUGGAAAUUGAGUAUCGCAUUGCGAAUGGAAAAGACAAUCUGGAUGGUUCACGCGGUGCUGGAAUUGUGUACCUCGUACCUUGCACACAUACUCUAUUCUUUUCUGUGAUCUCUGCACUGACGGCUGCUCUUGCAGCUGGGAAUUGCAUUGUCUUGGAGCUUCCUCAAACGACGAUGGCUUUGCCUGCUUUGUUACGCCAAAUUCUUCCAGAUGCAUUGGAUCAUGAUACUUUUGCAAUUACUGCAAACCGACCUGAUUCUUCAUUCAUGAGCAGGACAUUGCUGCUGUCGCAAACUGGUUCCGAUGGUCAAAGUGGUUUGAUCUCUCCUGUAGCCAGGACUAUUGCCAUUGUCGACCGCACGGCAAACGUUGUUGAAGCUGCACAGGCCUUAGUUGCUGCUCGAUUUGUAAUGGGUGGUCGUUCAACCUAUGCUCCUGAUCUGGUUCUGGUGAAUGAAUUCGCCAUGAAACCCUUUGUCGAGGCUGUUAUUCAGCAAGCUUCGAAGUACCUCGCAGGAGAAAAUGGUGAAGCACGACAGUCAUCUACGUCUUCACGCCGGUCUACUUUGAUGGACUCCAUUCAAAAGGAUCGGAACGCACGAGUCUUGGUCUCGGGGAGUCAGUGGGGAGUGGUCGAGGUGCAAGAUCGGAACUCGCCUCUUCUUCGAAAGAAGAUUGAUGAGAAAGUCUUGCUGGUGCACCCCGUGACUAGCCUGGAUGAUGCAAUUGACAUGCACUCAAACGAGACACUGGCUGCUACCUACGCCUUUGCGGCUCCCGCUUCGGCCAAGUAUCUGACCCAAUUCAUCGAAGCUGAUAUUUCAUGGGUGAACCAUGUACCCAGCCACAUGCUGCUCGGUCCCGCCCUUCCUCGCAACAUAUCAUACAACCCUAACACUCGCUACGCCAUCUCAUCCUUCCAACGGCCGCGGCCCCAACUGAUUACACCAUCUUCCAAGGCUCAAAUUGCCCGAGCAAUUAUCGAGAAUACCAACACCACCAACUCAGACGGUCUCUGGCGCGCAGCCAUAGCACCCCUCCCAUCAACAAAGCAACGUCCUGGCUUCAAGAUCGGCUUCUUCGAGCAGGGUAUUAUCACUGGAGGAGUUCUCACCCUAGCAUCUCUCAUCACAACCGUUUCCACGAUUGGAUAUUACACGUGGACAUAUGUGAGGCGCGUUUGA